UGUUUUAACUCGCUUCACGCUGCUGGUUACCUGUGGCUAAUGAAAGGAGACAUGAGGAAAUAAACUGCCGGGGGAUUGUGGAGGAAUGUUUUGUAAAUGAAAAAAGCACAGCGCCCAGGUAAAUGGACUUCCUGACUCUUUUCGGGAUCUAUGUGGCGGUGGUGCUCACCUGCAUCGCCCUGGUGUGUAGAUACUCAGACCAACAGCACACUCCUUUUAGCCGAGUCUACAACACUCUCUCUGAGGUUGUUACUCCUUGGAUUCCACAAUGCAUUCAAAAUAUUUGCUACAGGAUUAUGCACAGACUCUUCCAUCAGAGAAACAGGCUCUUCAUUUACUUACACCUUAUUCUUGAGGCUGCUGUGUAUGGAGAAUUCUCCUAUGAGCUAUUUGGGUUCUGUUUAGAAAUGGACACCACUUUGUUUAACGUGUGUCUUCCAUAUUUCUUCUUGGCAAUUAAGUCCUACAUCUUUUACCUGUGCUGUAGUAAAGAUCCAGGUACACUGACAAAGGAAAACCAUGCAGUUCAACUGAAGGUGUACCAGUAUGAUGAGAGGUUGUUUCAAGAGGGAGUCUUUUGCCAAACAUGUCAGUUGGUGAAACCUGCCAGAUCUAAACACUGUAGUGUAUGUGACCGUUGUGUUCAGAGAUUUGACCACCACUGUGUCUGGGUGAAUAACUGCAUCGGUGCUCAGAAUACUAGAUUCUUCCUGCUCUACCUGCUGAGCCUAUGUGCCAUGGCAGGCAAUAUUGCAAUUCUCACAGCAGACAUGUUGUUUCAUACUGUCCUGCGAUCUGGAAUCAUGAAUGCACAUUACGUUGAUGCGGAGGGUCAGCAGCAGCCUGUAGGACCACUGUUUGUUAUACAGCAUCUCUUCAUGACCUUCCCGAGGAUAGUCUUCAUGCUUGGCUUCGUGGUAUUUGUAUUUUUCCUUGUGGCGGGGUAUACCCUGUUUCACUGUUAUCUGGCUUUGGUGAAUCAGACAUCUAAUGAAUGGUUCAAGCAGAAAGGCCAUGGCUGCCAGUACUGCAAUCCUGUCUCUGGACAUCGAUGCCGUACGUCCUACAACCCAUUACGUGGUUUUUAUCACAGAGGAAUCCUCAAAAAUCUUGGGGAAAUAGUUUGGCCUUUAUGCCCUACUCAGAAGAAAGACAAUUAGCUUCUGCUUAAAGGAGUUUGACCAAAAAAAGAAAUGUAGACAAUUUUCUCCCAACUCCAAAUGUAGUUAUAUGUGGAACAAAACAAUAGUGUUUGCUCAUGGUGCUAACAAGUAAGAGAAGCUAAUAGCCACCAGUUUAGCAUUGUGCAAACUACAUGCCUAAAUCUUUGCACAUUUGCAUGCCAUUAAAUUAUCUCAAAAACACUUGUUAAUGUUGUUUCUGACUUUGUAUGACACUUUUUUAUUUAUAAAAUGCACAAAAGGACAUCACAGAGCAGACAACAGUAGCAGCAGCUAUCAUGGAUCCAGAAUCACUUUCUUCAUUAUAUAGUUUUGUAUGACUUUGUGCAAAUAUCAGAGUUGUGUAGAGGUCACAGUCAUUUGUUAGAAAUGAUUUCGAUAAAAAAUAGUUUAGAAUUGAUACUUAAUUGUUUUAAUUUAGACCUAUUAUUUUAUGAAAAGGUUUAAAUACAUGUGGUAUCCAAAAAUGCUAAAAGGGUUUCUAGAAAGGCAAUGUGUGAGAAAUUAGAUGCAGUUCGCGUAAUACUUUCUCUUUAUUUAUCAACAUUUGUUCUGUAGCUCCACUAUAAAAAGGAAAAGUACCUUUUGGAUCCCGAACAUGUCUUGUAACUACUUUUAUCUGUAAAUUGCUUUUCUUUAACGUGAUGUUUUCAUACCACUGUUUUUAAUGAAUUGUUU